AUGCCCUUCACAAUCGAGAAGGCAUCCCCGUCAGAUGCAAAGGCCAUCGCCGACAUCUACCAGGAUAGACCGGCCACGGCCUGGAACCGCCUCACCCACGGCACCGUCGACCCUUCGGUGUUCAACGCCGGGCUGGAGGACAUGUUCGCCGAGAGCCUCCGGGACCCGGACGAGGUGCUCUUCCUCGCCCGCGACGAGGACCACCCGGACCGCAGGGUCGUCAGCUACGUCAACCUCGCCGCGCGGCCCGCCCUGGCCCCCAUGACGGACGAGGAGAUCAAGCAGCAAAACGCAAAGUACCACGCCCUCCUCAUGCCAGGCCUCAACGGAGCCGUCCUCGUCGAGAUGUGGGAGAAGCUGGACCGCAUGCGCGAGCAGGUCCUUGCGGGCAGGGCCUGCCGCUACUUUUUCCUCGACAACGUCGGUACCCUGCAGGCCUACCAGGGGAGGGGCAUCGCGACCAUGCUGCUGCGCAGGGCCCUGGCCGAGUACCCGGACCGCGAGGGCGCGCCGGUCUUCCUGGACACGUCGGGCGACGAGGACGGCAGGGCGUGGCCUCUGUACGAGCGGCUGGGGUUCGCCAAGGUGGGAGGGUUCACUAUUGACCUGGCUGCACAUGGCAAGGAGGGCGUGCAUCACCAUCUUGGGAUGUUGAGGGAGCCGCAGGUUAUGAAGUAG